AUAGAUAUAUUAAUAUUUGUAAUAGGCAAGAACGGAAAGGGAAGUUAAGCCUAUAUUAGCGGGAAGUCAGUCUCGCGGGAUUGGUUUGAGCAUUUUGUUGUUAUCACUGUUGUUUGUUGUGGAAGAUUUCAAAAGUGGAAGGUUUGCGAUGAAUGGUGGGAAGAUUUAUAACUGGACAUGUUCAACGUGUUUUAAGGUUACUAACCUUUCCCUGUUAUGAUGAAUUAUAAUUGCAAUAGAAGAUAGAUGUAAAGUUUGCCAUGGCUAUUAGGAGAAACCAGAAGGAGUGGGUGAUUUCCGAUGGCGAAGACGAGGAUGAAGAAGUUUGUCUUGAUGUCAGAGAAUUAUUUGCUUUGAGUAAAAAAACGGCAGUGUCUGCUGAGCCACUGGUUAACAAUUCUCAAGAUACAACAGAUAAAUUUCAUACUCCAAAUGAAGAGUUUGCUUUGAGUCAAGCCUCGAGUCAAUUGACCAUAAAGGAAUCUGAUACAGAAAAAUACUUUACUGCUGAUGAAGAUAAAACCACUAAUACGAGACUUGAAAGUUCUCUGGAUGCAGACAGCGUAUCAGGGGAGGAAGACACUGAUGAAAAUAUUGGUCCGAAAGUUAGUCAAACAACGAAUGCAGUCAUAUCUGAUGCUGAAGAUAACAAUUCAGAUCUGACAGCAACCAACGAGAAAGAAGAAACUAUUGGAAAUGAUAAAUCUGAAAAUUCCAGUGCUCUAAAAAACUUGAUAUCAGAUAAAGGAGAAGAACAAACUAAAUCAAAUGAGGAAGAAGAGACAGAAGCUAAUAUUAGACCAAAAGUUUUUCGAUUAAGAUCUGCAGUCAUAUACGAUGAUGAUGAUGAUGAUUCUGACUUGAUAGUCAUAAAUGAUAAAGAAGAUGUUGUAAAUAAUGCUUCUAAAAAGUCUACUGCACGAAAAAAUUUAAUUUCAGACGAAGAAGAAGAAGAAGAAGAAGAAGAAGAAGAAGAAGAAGAAAAAACUGACAAAGAAGUCAGCAAGGAAAGUUAUGAACCAGUAGCAAAGAAAAGCAAAAUUGUAAAACCAUUCAGUACUGUACGGGGAUUUCAGAAAUGCAAUGACAAAAAUUGGUGGGAGCAGUUUUUAGAAUCUGUUCCUGAUAAUCAGAAGUGUGGAAUAGGAGAUUGCAGCUUUGCACCACAGCCCCAUAAAAAGCACGAUGUUAAUAUAAGAAGUUACUCGUUAUAUGAAACAAGAUUAAUUAUACAGUAUUUGAUAUAUCAUAAUGUGAUAGAAUAUGGAAAAGGUAUAAAAGUAUGGAAAGAUUUUCAUUCACUGGGUUAUCUGACACACAGAUCCAUUGAGUCACUGAACAAUCAUUUCAAAAGAUAUAUUUUGAGAGAUAUAAAAAGCUACAAAUUGCCAAAGGAUAUAGAGAGCAAAUUCCUACAACUGCGAAUAUCCCAUCAAGGUUAUUGAAGGUUGAUCAAUUAAAAAAAAAAAAACAAACAAACGCGUGUGUAUUUAAAAGUGUCCUAAAAGGAACAUCGUAAUAAAAUUGGCUUGAAAAGGCUUUCCAAGAAUUAAAUUAAAAUAGCUUUUAUUCCGCUGUGAAUUGAGCUUAAAAUCUAAUUGUUGCAGAGGUAAGACAGAAAGUAUUGCAUCGCCAGAAUCAAAACGUCAAAAAAGCUCCAAUCCACCAAGUCACUCCAACAAAGAAGAAAGGAAAAAGAUUCGCAGGCCUCCGCAAAUACUCUCGCAUUCCAUCCGCGGUUUUAGUUACUCAUCAAUUCAUCAUUAUACCUCCUUGCCUUAUACCCACACUCGCGCUCACACACAUAGAAAUACACACGCAUAGACUCGUUGCCUCUUCCCGGUAUUAUUAUAUCAUUAGCCGCACGCGAUAUAUCGCGCUCCACAUGUUGUGCCUACGCUUCUAUUCGCAUUCUUUAAACUCCGCGCUGUAUGCUGCACCUCGUGAGAAGCGCUUCCGAGAUUUUCCCGGAGCGCGAGCGGCUCGUCUUCCUGCCAUUGACUAACCGGCUCUAUCGUCUCAAAAGUCGCCGUCGCUUCCCGCCUUUCAUUCUUUCAUCCUCAAUCAACUCCGUGCGCGUUAUACAUCAUAAUGGCGCGUAAGUGUAUUUCGGAAGCGUUCGUUACCGUUACAUGCGGGUGCGCAUUGCUCACGCUACGAAAAUACUUCCGUGAGAUAAGCCGUUCUCUUUGUUCUCCGUAUUCUCUCGCUCUCUUUUUAUACAUGUAUACUCUUUCUUUCGCUCGAUUCUGCUGGAUCAUCAUCGAGGCUCGACAGCAGCACCCCCGAGUCAUUGCGCUAAAUUUAGGUCUUACGUAAAAUCGGAGCUUUCGAUCGUUCUCUAAUACUAAUCUUCGAACUUUUCAGAUUGACUCUUGUCGGAGGAAAUGAAAAGCAGACUAAUGGGAAUCGAUGCUUCGCAGUGCAUCGCCGCAGUAUGUGCAUACAAAAACAAACUCUCACUCUGUCAACUAUAUAUGCAAGAUCUACAUCUGACGAACUUACGUCUCUGGCAUGCUCCGAUUGGAAACAUCAACACUGCUGCGGUGAAAACAACGCCGACUGCCAAGGGCGCAAGAGUGAACAGAGGAAACUAUCAAUCAGCUGCCUACACACGUGCACAUACGCGUGUCUGUAGAGUUCGAGUCGCUGACGAGGCAGUAGUACACUGACUGCACAGCAGACAUGGAGUCCCUGAGCUUUGACGCGUCGAGGAAGAGCCUCACGUUGCAGAAGGCCUCGAUUCCCAAGCCCAAGGAUGACGAGGUCCUCAUCAGGGUAGCCUAUUCCGGCAUUUGCGGCACCGAUCUUCACAUACUCGAGGGCACAUUCCCGUGCAAACAAAACGAGCCCUUGAUACCAGGCCACGAGUUCUGUGGAACCGUCGAGGCGGUAGGCGUCAGCGUGAAGAACUUCAAAGUCGGCCAGAGGGUCACCGUCGACCCGAACAGCGGCUGCAGCAUGUGCGACGACUGUCACGUGGGCUGCUAUCACCUUUGCGUCAACGGUGGUGUCAACAGCACCAUCGGAAUCUUCAGGAACGGCGGAUGGGCUACUCACUGUUGUGUCCCCGAAGUUCAAGUAUACCAUGUGCCUGAGGGAGUAGAAAUGGAACAAGCCGCUUUGAGCGAACCACUGUCGUGUCUUGCACACGGGUGGAAGAGAAUGAAUCCUAUUCACGUGGGCCAGAAAGUGCUCGUGCUGGGCGCGGGUAUCAUUGGUCUACUCUGGUCAAGCAUUCUUCACCUUCAUGGUCUCAGGAAAACCGUCACAGUAUCCGAGCCGCAGGACAAAAGGAAGGAAAUGGCCAAGAAGAUGGGUCUGGAUUACCAAGUGACUAGCCCAGCUGAGCUUAAAGGUAACGAGUACGACGUUAUUGUGGAUUGCAGUGGAAGUGGGCCCGCCAUGGAGUCAGCGAUUCCUCUUCUGGCCAGAGGUGGACGCUUUUGCAUCUUCGGAGUCGCCGAUCCGAAGGUCAACAUUAAGAUAAACCCGUACGAAAUGUACAAGAAAGAGUUAACUAUUUAUGGAGUCAAUAUUAAUCCAUUCUCGUUCUCGAGAGGCAUUGGUCUGCUGAAGGCCAUGGCCAGUUCCUAUCUACAGUACGACAAUCUAGGGAUCAAGGUUUUCAAGCUAUCCGAGUACAAUGUAGCUCUGGACGCUCUCAAGAAUGGUACGAUAAGCAAGGCUGUGUUUAAAUUGUAAAAAGUUGUAUUGCAUUUUUUUUAAUUAUAUACCGAAAAUAUAUAGAAAAAACAACAUGAUUUUCGUUACAAUGCUACAAUGAUUACCGGUCGUAUUAGAAAAAACGUGUUCUCUAGUCCGUCGAACGGGUAUAAAAAGCCUAAUAUCUAGUAUCAUUAAACAGCGUCGCAAAAGAGUGACGUAGAACUUAUCGAGAUUCUACUCGUAAUACAUAUAUAUUUGAUCCGCAUUGAGAUAUGUCGAGAGAAAAAAGAAACGACGAUGGCUAGAGUAUAAAAAUUGUGGUCCAUCUGAUUCGUUGCUUAAUGCACUAAAUAUUGCUUGCUGAAAUAGAGCUGCGGCGCUCUUGUCAAGUAUAUUAGUAUAUAAAAAUGUUCAACUAGGCAUUAUUAACUAACCCUAAUAUCAUGUUUCACGAGAUUCCGUGGUAUAAAAGUCGGCGAAUCGCCGUAGGGAGAUUCGACCUUGGAGGGAAUGUAUAAUCAGUUUGAUCAGGUAAUACUGUUCUGAUCUCCUGCGUCUUAUCUUCAUUGCUCUUACUAUCUUGGUUGUCUUGCAGCGAAUCCGAGAUACUUAAGUAAUGCACUUAGUAAAUGUAAAGAUCGCAGACACGGUUAGCAGCCACAUCGAUGCCCCUUGACGUUGGCUGCCGCCCCAUCGUAGUCCUGGGUAGUUAAUAUUUGGAACUGCGACUUCUGCAAAUCGUACAAUCACGAAUUAAUAAGCGAUAUGUUGACAAUGAGACACUGUGAAGUUUAAAAGACUCAAAAACAAUAUCAUUCUUUGAACAAAAAUACAAACAUUCUCGUAUGGACUUACCUCAUGAUUGUAGCUACGAUUAAGGCAACGGCUACCAUCACUCCAGAAGAUAGUGGAAUUAUACUGGCUGCGUAAUAUGCUUGACCGCAAGCGGGUGGACAUACAGGAAUAAUGGUUUC